UUUGUUCUUCAAGCAGGAAAUGGAGCUUUCCCUGAUUGGCCUUCAAAAUGCAGGAAAGACAUCUCUUGUCAAUGCAAUUGCAACAGGUGGCUACAGCGAAGACAUGAUUCCAACGGUGGGUUUCAAUAUGCGUAAAGUUACAAAAGGAAAUGUGACGAUAAAACUUUGGGACCUUGGAGGACAACGAAGAUUUCGCACCAUGUGGGAGCGCUACUGUCGUGGAGUCUCUGCAAUCCUAUAUGUAGUAGAUGCUGCUGAUAGAGAUAGCAUUCCCAUAUCGAAAAGUGAACUUCAUGACCUACUGACAAAACCAUCAUUAAAUGGGAUUCCUUUGCUAGUUCUUGGCAAUAAGAUUGACAAAUCAGAAGCUCUUUCCAAGCAGGCUUUGGUUGAUCAACUAGGUCUGGAGUACAUCAAGGACCGGGAGGUUUGCUGUUACAUGAUCUCAUGCAAGGAUUCCAUCAACAUAGACAUUGUGAUAGACUGGCUUAUCAAGCACUCGAGAACAGCAAAAUAAUCGAUGACCACUCUCAGUGAUUCUGCUGCUCUCAGCCAACAGCCUGAUGAACUUUGUUACAGUUUGAUUUACCGCUGCUUGAUUUGAAGAUAACAAAAGCUUAUAUGGAGAAUUCUCGAAGCUACAAUUAGAGAGGAAGCAAUAAUUUGACACCCUCAGUGGCGAGGAAUCAUCAUCAUCUAGAAGAAUGUUUAUUGUGAUGUGUCUGUGCAAUCCUGUUUGUCAUCAACUUUAGGUUUGUAUAAAUUAGAUGAGUUCUUUGCGGUUUUUACUUGAAAUUGGUACUGUGUUAAAUAAAUUAAUUAUGAUACCCCUGUUUUUGAUCAAAAAUUUUGCUAUAUACGUGACAUAAAUGGAUCAUGAAGAACACAUUUUACAUGGACA